UUUCCCCCCAAUCCAUGGAUGCGUGACCUCUCUUAUCGUGACCAGAGAGGCUUUCAAGGAUAGAAUAUGGAUGCCAUAUGUUCCUACUCUCCACCAGUCAGUUCCAACCCACCCCAGUGCUGACAAGCUGCACUUGAUGCUGUGUCUGGUUUUCACACGGUAAGAAUCUCUUUCAGUAUUCCUUUACGGCCUCUCUGAGGCCAGCCCAUAAUCUUACAUGCAAUGGCAAUUAAUUUAAUCAUCCAUCUGUUCCAAUAACGACCUCCACAGAUGUUAACCACAGACCAGCGCUUGGUGUCCGGGGCGCCAGCAUGGUUAAUUUGACGCCCAGCGCUACCCCUUGGGCAGAGUACGUGCCGCCCGGGGGGUACAAUUACCUGGCGCUGGUGUGUGGGGUGCCGCUCAUCCUCAUCAUUAUCCUGGGGAACGUUCUGGUGUGUCUGAGCGUGCUCACCGAGAGGUCCCUGAAAACCGCCACCAAUUACUUCAUCGUGAGCCUGGCGGUGGCCGACCUCUUGCUGGCCGUGCUGGUCCUGCCGCUGUACGUCUACUCCGAGUUUCUCGGGGGCAUGUGGACGCUGAGCAUGUCUAUCUGCGAUGCGCUGAUGACUAUGGACGUCAUGCUGUGCACAGCCUCCAUCCUCAACCUCUGUGCCAUCAGCGUGGACAGGUACAUUGCUGUUGUGGUACCCCUAAAGUACAACAGAAACCAGUUUAGCAUGCGACAGCUAGUUCUGAUCGGAGCCACGUGGUUCCUGUCCUUGACUGUGGCCAGCCCGGUCAUAUUUGGACUGAACCGGGUGCCGGGCAGGAACAAGCACGUGUGUAAGCUGGAGGAUGACCGCUUUGUGGUCUACUCGUCCAUCUGCUCCUUCUUCGUGCCCUGCCCCGUCAUGCUCUUCCUGUACUACUGGAUGUUCCGGGGGCUGCGGCGCUGGAGUUCAGGCCGCAGUCGCUCCCACUUCAGACGGCCGGCGAGGGGCCCCCAGAGCCUGUCCCUGCGGCUGGGCAUGGCGCUGCAGAGAGACAAGGGCCAGGCACGGGACAAGGGGGUGUACCUCGUGCCGGGGGGCCACAACCCCAACUCACUGUCUACAACACCUGCUACACCCGUCAUCUCUGCCACAGCUGAAACUCCAGCCUCCCCCGACACCACCACACCAGCCAGCCCUCUGAGCCCCAUCAGCCCACUGACCUUGACCACGGACGAGAAUCAGCUGCCUUUGGGGACGGACAGUGAGCCCAUGACCACUCAAAUGGACAGUGUGUCGGACGCUGAACCCAUGGAGAGACCUCUUAAUGCGAGUGGACCUAGGGUCAAUGGGCUCGCAAAGAACCACGGCUCCCACCGCUCACGCCGCCACAGUAAGAGUAGCCGUGUGAGUGGACGUGAGCGCAAGGCCAUGAAGGUGCUGCCCGUGGUUGUAGGUGUGUUCCUGGCCUGCUGGACCCCUUUCUUUGUGGUUCAUGUCACCAAUGUCCUCUGCCUGUCCUGCAGAAUUGAGCCCUCUCUGAUCAGUGUGGUGACAUGGCUGGGUUACGUCAACAGCGCAGUCAACCCCAUCAUAUACACCGCCUUCAACGCAGAGUUCAGGAAUGUCUUUCACAAACUCCUCUGCUGCCGGACAUGAAGCCUGUAGCUCUCCACCAGGGAUAAAAUCAUAAUAAAAUAAAAACCUUCACAUACAUUGGGUCACUGUGGAAAACCACUUAAAUUAUGCCUUAGUCAAUAUGACUGAACACAAAAAUGAUGCUGCUUGCCUUGUAAUAUAUUCUCAAACCUUUUUCAGUGAUCGUUUGAGGUACACUCAAGAAUACUGUUGACAUCAUGGCCCAGAGGCAUAAAAUAUGUGAACAU